UGCUUAAAUCGAAUAAUUAUCCAAGCAAAGACCCCAAGAAAACCCCUAACAAAAUGAGCAAGCUACUGACCUCCGCAGACAUCGAGGACGGUAAGGUGGAGUUCGACAAGGCAACGGGAGCCAGCACCCAGUACAAGCUUAUCGAGGGCGGCUACGAGGUGAUCACCACCACCCCUCAGCCCAAUGGCACGGUGAAGACCCAGGUGAGGACCUUCUGGGACCCCAAACCGGUCAGCGAGGAGGAUCUGAAGAAGGAGCAGCAGAACAAGAAGCUCGUCCAGAAGCGUCUCGGCAAGGAGAUUCGCAUCGAUGAGCGCACCACCAUGCUGACCCGCGCCAUCGAGGGUGGCUACGAGGAGGUGUACACCACCAUCAAUGAGGAUGGCACCCGCAGCAUGCGCACCAAGACCUUCUACGACUCGGUGCCCACGGAGGUGGACGAGAACACCGCUGCCAAGCUGAACAAGAACAAGAAGACUGUGACGCGCAAGUCAUCGGUGGACUCCACCGAUUCCACCGAGUCCUCGCGCCGCAUCGUCCAGAAGCAGCAGCGCAACGUGGUGGACCAGCAGUCCAACUCCACGACCACCUCGGAGCGCCGGGUGUCGGUCACGCAGACCCAGAACAUCGAGAUCACCGAGAACAAUCGCACCGUGCGCAAGAACUCGUUGCAGGAGGCCAAUGUGAAGGCCAUCACCAAUACCUCUUCCACCGAUAGCAGCAAGAAGUCCAAGAAGAAGCCCAAGUCCUCGGCUCCUCCGCCGCCCGCUGAUUUCUUCCAGAACGACACCACCACGGUGGCCUCCAAGCGGGUUCCCGGCGGCGUUGAGUACACCUACUCCACGGAACUGGAGUCGGGCAAGACCAUUACCACCUCGAAGACCGUCUACGAGGAGGAGGAGGUUGAGCUCACCGAGGAGGAGAUCCGUGCCUACAAGAAGACCCUGAAGGAUGCCGAGAAGCACAAGAACGUGACCACCACCAAGAAGCUGAAGUCCGAGUCCGGCACCAAAAAGAUUGUGCCCUCCGAAAAUCCCGGUGACGUGACCACCGUGGAGACCAUCAAGAUUGAGGGCGGCACCGAGUACCACUACACCACGGUGACCGCCGAGGGCAUCGUGAAGAAGGCCGUGAAGACCGUGUACGAUCCCGUGCCCAGCAGCAAGGCCAAUCCCGAUGACACCGACGAGGAGGAGAUCAUCGAGGAGUACGAGGAGGAGAUCAUUGAGCCGGGAGAGAAGAACGUCAAGACCAUCGAGACGAUCAAGCAGCUGCCCACCAAGUUCGAGGAGGAAGUGACCAUCACCCAUGAGAGGAAGGAGAAGAAGGUAAAGAAGUCCAUGGUCAUAAGCCAGUAGAGAUCGCCGCACACCUGCACACAACAAAAACACUCAAGCACACGACACACUCAUGCCACUCACACACAACACACAAGGCACAAACUCACACACCAACCAGCUUCUGAAUGAUGAUCCGAGGCAGAGAAGGGCCCAGCGAAGAUCCCAAGCUAAUUCUCCUGACCAUUUCAGCAUCCUGUUCAGUUAGUUGCGAGCGGUCUUUGCACGCUACUCGCUAGCCUUGUUCUCAAUUACUUUGCCAGCUAUCUGGUGCCCUAGAAACGUAUUACGAAAUUAUCCAAAUUAAAAUUGCAAACAACUCUAACAUUAAUGUAUCUCCACUUUUGUUAACUAAAUUAAUAAAACACAAGUUUCGGUUCUA